CCUCGCCGUCUCUUUCUCCCACGGCCCCCUUCAGCCCUCAUUCUUCCCCCCCCUCGUCUGUCUGGCCUAUAAAAGGCGGGGCCGGCGGGGCGCUCUUCCCGGAGUCCGCGGCGGAGGCGGCUGAGGUAAGAGUGAGGUGCGCGUGGAGGAGCGCGGCCGCCGGGCCUUUCGCAGCAGCAGCACCAGCGGCGCCACCCCCCCACCCCCAUCCCGGCCUCUUCAGCCUCGACUCGCCCGCCGCCGCCAUGAGUUCGGGGACGCCGUACCUCGGGAGCAAGAUCAGCCUCAUCUCCAAGGCGCAGAUCCGCUACGAGGGCAUCCUCUACACCAUCGACACCGACAACUCCACGGUCGCCCUCGCCAAGGUUCGCUCCUUUGGAACCGAAGAUCGUCCCACGGAUCGUCCUGCCCCUCCGAGGGAGGAAGUCUACGAAUACAUCAUCUUCCGUGGCAGUGACAUCAAGGAUAUCACCGUAUGCGAGCCUCCAAAAGCACAGCAUAAUUUGCCUCAGGAUCCUGCUAUUGUCCAAUCUUCCUUGAGCUCUGCCUCGGCGUCUUCCUUCCAGCCGCAUGUGCCUUACAGUCCCUUCAGAGGCAUGCCUCCCUACAGCCAGCUUGCUGCCAGCUCUUUGAUUAGUCAGCAGUACGCUGCGUCCCUCGGUCUAGAGAAAUUGGUAAGCCCUCCAGCAUCAGCCGCUGCUUCCAGCCCUAGCACUUCUUCGUCUCCCCAGCCGGUUUCAGAGCCUGACUUGUCAUCAGAGCCACACCUGCUGUCUUCUAAGGGCGCUGCUUUUGCAUCAGUUCAUUCAGUGCGUAAAAGUCCCAUGGUGGAACAGGCAGUUCAGACGGGUCCCAUCGACAGCCUGAAUCCCAAAAAGACUCUUCCGGUCAAAGUUGCCCCUGCUAUCCAGCGCAACACACGGCCAAUUCCGCAGAGCAGCAAGACAACUGAUACAGUUGAGCCCGCACCUGUGCAAACGCAAGGACAGGUGAAUGAUGAAAAUAGACGGCCCCAGAGGAGGCGAUCAGGCAAUAGACGAACCAGGAACCGUUCCAGAGGGCAAAACCGGCCAGCUGCUGUGAAAGAGAAUACAAUCAAGUUUGAAGGUGACUUUGACUUUGAAAGCGCAAAUGCGCAGUUCAAUCGGGAGGAGCUGGAUAAGGAAUUCAAGAAGAAACUUAACUUCAAAGAUGACAAAGUUGAGGCAGGCGAGGAGAAGGGCGACCCUACUGUGGCUGCUGAGAAUUGCGAUGGCAACGCAGAUGAAGACCUCCUUGGGCCAAACUGCUAUUACGACAAAUCAAAGUCGUUCUUCGACAACAUCUCAUCUGAACUGAAAUCCAGCUCCAGGCGAACAACAUGGGCUGAAGAACGGAAGCUGAACACGGAGACAUUUGGCGUGUCUGGCCGGUUUCUUCGGGGCCGUAGUUUCCGAGGGGGGUUUCGUGGCGGAAGGGGAUCCGGUGCUGUGAGGCGAACUCAAGCGACGUCCAGAGUGGGGACGGGAAGGGUGUGAACCUUUCAGGUUCUCCCACAUACUGCAAAGAUGUGUACAUAGGAAGGAGGGAUCAAGCUGGGGAGCUGCACCUAAAUACGGAAAGAAUGGAGCGCCAUGUUCAUAUGCUUACAUUCUGAAGGCACUGUUGCUCUGAGUCAGAACACGGUCGGAGCACAAGAGUGGUCUCGAAAGUGCGGAAUCACCACCUCUUCAAGGAAACUUUUUUUUCCUUUUCCUUUUUUUUUAAAAAACUGCAAGGAACUUAAAUGUGCUGCUUUGAGGUUCCAAAGGCUGCUGCAGUUGAUCCACGACACCCAUUUUCUCAUCUUCGGAAGGAGGAGUUCUCAGUUCUUCAAGAAGCACCAAAGCUCACUUGAAACCAGCAUCUCCGUGUUUUGUUUUUGUGUGUGUGUGAUCCUUUCCCCCGAGGAACGGAGAUCUUGCAGGUCUCCUCCUGUUGUCUCUGCCCCCCACAUCCUGUUCUUGAAGAUUAUUUUCGGUGUCUCGAAAUGGAAUUGUGGUGCAAAACAAAAAAAAUUGUGUGAAGUGAGGUGAUGGGGAAGGUGUUGAUCAUGUCAUUGUGGGUUUGCCGUUAGAACUUCUCCGGGGAAAGCUUGGUGGCAAACUCGCUCGGAGUGCUGGUCACCCCUCAAAAGGAAUGCUGUUGAAUUUUCUGAAUGGCCCAUGGUAGGUCUCUCUCUUAGCGGCUGAAUGAAAAGCACUAAAGCCGAGCCUUCUGCUUUAGGACGGCUGAAACCGUAGGAUGCUUAUAUAGUUAACACUUUGAGGAGAUAGAAAUACUUAAAACACUACCCCUUUUUUCCCCGGCGAGGGCGAAGUCUUUGCCUCCAACAUUGAACUCUUUCCUGACAAAAAAGGCUCGGAGAGGCUGUUCAUUUUGUGCCGGGUUUCCAACUCGGGGCAUGGAGGGGCCGGGGGGAGAGUGAACCAGCAUGCUCAGUUCUUCUACUCUCUCCCCCCCCCAAUGUAAAUAAUUUUUUUGGUUUUUUUUUUUAAUGGUGGGGAGGGAGUGCUUAAAAGGGUUUGUGCAGGGAUUGUAAACUUUUGCAUGAAAGUGGAGGUCAGCCUGUAGUAAUAGGCCCGUGUCCUUUAUUAGCUUGUAGGAGCAUUUUGUGGAGAGGCUUCCAACGGACCCCAUACCCUACCGCCCCCCUCAAUGGCUCGCCUUACUUUUCUCCCCCACCCCCUUGGUAUUAAGUUGCUGUAAAAGUAAAGGGGGGGGUUAUUUUGUAGGCCUGCAUCACUAAGGAUUGAAAUAUUGUGGUGGGGCUGCUCCUGGAAUCAUUCUGAAUAAAUAUGUAAAUGUUCGACA